AUGGCCGUCAGGUCGCCCUUGUCUAUAUUAUCGUAUCGCGACACUUCCAGUCCGUAUGACGGGCCGGACCAUAUGUCUCUUGAAAGACCCCCCUUUCCGAGCGCGAGGAAUUCGAACUAUUCGCCUUCCAACUCGGAUCCGAUAGGCGCAACGGAUGCGCUAACAGCGACUUCUCCUGGACAGCACGAUGCAGAGACCGAUGAUAAGGCCACGGCGACAUCAAUUCAGGGACCUGAAGAGUCGCAGCCUGCACUGACGAUCCAAACCGGACACUCAGAGCAAUUUGGGGCCAGCACAAGAUCAGACGAGGACGAACCCCCUCAAUCGGUCAUACAUGCCCCGCCUGGAUUUGGGGAAUUUGCAAAUAUGCAAGCUGAUGAGACAUGUGAAGGGGACGAAACGCCCUCGCCGGGCUUGGAGCAUAUCCAAUCGAUAGAGCUGCCAGAAAGGCCCAGAAAGGUCGGGAACAGUCCCAUAUCACCACCUGCUUUGACAACCGACGUCACGCCUGCGAAAGACUGGUCUGAGAGAGCGACGCCACGCGCACAGACAAGACAUGAUUUUGAGGAGUCCGAACAGCGUACGCGGUCAAGCAGUCUAGAAGAUAUCCCAGAAGGUACUUUCGGCAAGAAAGAGGUUGAAAUCAGUGCUCUGCGAGCAGCCCUCACCGAAUGCUGGACAUUGUGCAAUACUCUGGCUGGUCUAAGUUACAUUAAUCGAGAACGGGUUUUCCGAUCGCACGAGGACGAGAUCCAGGAGGAUGCCUGGAGGUCCUGCUGGAGGCUGUGCCAGAAGUUGUAUGACACGCGCGAUGAUGAUUACGCAUUGCAGGUCAACCCGACUCUCGAUCUCUGUCGAGACUUCUGCCAGGCUCUUUUUGAAGUCCGCGUGUGCGAAGACGGUCUCGCGGAUUCGGUCUUGCGAGUGAGUUUUGAGCUCAACAACCACCUUUUUAAUACGCACGACCGCAAUCUCCCGGAUGCCUUUCGUGAGCGAACGUUGGAUUUCUAUAUAACCCUAUGUCAUCGUCUUAUGAAGCAACGAACGCGUUUGACCGAAACCGAUUCUCUGCUCAGCGCCUGCUGGACACUGGCUGAGAUGCUGUUUAGUAUGCGUCAAAGUAAAAGAGAAGGGAAAAGUCUGGAUGAAGAAAUCCUGGGGUCUGCGGUGCAGGCUUGCUGGGAGCUUUGUGACAUCUUCCGUGAGGGCUGGACCCUACACAGCAUGCGCAACUCGGACCGAGGAACACCGAGACCAAGCCAAACGACAUUUGCCCAGGCAUUCCAGCAAGCGACACAGCAGUCCGAACUUGAUUUUGCGGAUGGCGUGCUGGGUCAAGUCGGAAAUCCUGAGACACCAACGACGAUCUUUGAAGACACGGCAACCGUUUCCCCCGAUGAAGCACCAGUCCCCAAUAUCCUCGUCCUUGGGCAUGGAAAUGGACAUGGACAUGCCUCACAUUCGUCGCGAUCCAAGUGGCCCUCCAGUGCAUCGAGUAUCUCGGGGAAGAGUCGGUCGUCCGCACAGACCACUUCGUCUGCCAAUACCGUGACGACUAUAUCAGAGGAUCCCAAUUUCACCCGACUAAAGGUACUUAUUACGAAGGCUGCUAUCAAUAGUGGCUAUCAACGAAGCGGCCCGCAAAACAUGUCCUCGUUCGUAAAGUCACUUCCCUCGGAUGCUUUUGGGUCAGUCCCUUGGCAGACAUCGUUAUUGAGGAAUUAUCGAAAGCUGGUGUCGUUUGAUCCGGCAUUCAGGAACGCCGGAUCCCAGGAUCGCGUCAGCGCCAUCGAGGUAGCACGUGCAUGUCAAGCAAUGGUUCAGAGCGGGCAGUACUCGUGGCUGCGGGAUCUCUACCGGCUCGUCUUCGGUUUCCAUAUGGAGGAGGCUAUGGGCCGGAACGGGGUGAUCAUCCAAACAUAA